GUGGCGUCAAAGUUUUUUUACAAUUGCAAAAUGUAUAGUAUUUGUUUCUUGAAAUAAUUAUUUACACUAAAUGACACAUCAGCUUUACAAUAAUUCACAUUAUACGAUGUGUAUUUGGCAACUUGGCUAUGACGUCAUCUACCCGCGACAUCUCGAGCCACCCUCCAGGAAACCAAGUUGACAGCUUCGCUAGGACAAAGGGGAAACGAUGUCUGGAAGUUUUUAUUUCGUCAUGGUUGGUCAUCACGACAACCCCGUCUUCGAGAUGGAGUUCCUGCCAGCUGGGAAAUCAGAGUCCAAGGAUGAUCAUCGUCACCUGAACCAGUUCAUUGCACAUGCAGCCCUCGAUCUGGUGGAUGAAAACAUGUGGCUGUCCAACAGUAUGUACCUGAAAACUGUGGACAAGUUCAACGAGUGGUUUGUUUCUGCCUUCGUCACUGCAGGACAUAUAAGACUCAUCAUGCUGCAUGACGCACGUCAAGAAGAUGGAAUUAAAAACUUUUUUAAUGAUGUAUAUGACUUGUACAUUAAGUUUGCUAUGAAUCCUUUCUAUGAAAUCAAUGCACCGGUCCGCUCAACCGCUUUUGAGAGGAAAGUCCAGUUUCUUGGAAAGAAACAUCUUCUGGGUUAACCACAUCUGAUGCAGGAGGAUAAAUGUAUAUUGUCUCUUCGCUGUACAUAUACCUAACAUACUUUUUUGAUGUCUGUGUCUUAGUCUUUUCAUGUUUGUCAAAUGUAACAUAAAUCUGGAUUUUCUAUAAAGAAUUCUCUGUCUGA